UUCUCCCCAAAACCUCAGAAAUUCGAGAGUGAAGAGAGCGAAAUGUUGCGAACGAUUCUUCGAAGGGCAACAGCGACGGGCCCAUGGAGGCUGACGGCGACGGCGAACUACUCGUCGUCCAAGGACACCAAGUCGACGGUGAAGAAGGCCAAGAAGAGUAACAAGUCUAAAGGCGAAGCCACUGCCGCCGCAGACGACGAUGCCUACGCCGGCGCCGACGCCGAUCUCUUCGACGAUAAAGGUCGUGCUCGACGGCUUCAGGCCGACGAGAGCGAUCCCUCGCUCGAUGUGGGGCCCAAUGGCCGACCUCUCUUCACUUCUACUCCGACGCUGGCUCAGCUCACCAGCAUGGACAGCUGCUCCUACUUCAAGUUCAAGACGGAGGAGUUGAACAAGGUGUUGCCGGAGGGUUUGCCGUUGGGGAUGGUGAGGGAGUUCGAGGAGGCAAUGCAGAGCGCCGUGCUUGUUCGCCAGAGCUUUCUCGAUCUCCGGGACAAUUUCCGGCGGGUUGUGGACCCGCCGUUGGGAUCAGCUAGGAGCAAAGGGUCAAAAGUUAAAAAACAGAUUGUUUUGGAUGGCCCUGUAAGCUGUGGAAAGAGUACGGCUCUUGCGAUGCUAGUUCAUUGGGCUCGUGAGGAAGGUUGGUUGGUUUUGUAUGUUCCCAGAGGCAAGGACUGGACUCAUGGAGGUUUUUUCUAUAAAAACCCACAAACAGGUCUUUGGGAUACACCUGUUCAAGCUGAAAAUAUUCUCAAGGAUUUCCUAAAAUUUAAUGAAUCCCGUUUAAAACAAUUGUUGUGCCAAAUAUCUGAUCCUAUUCCAUUGGGAGAGGGAGCUGGUGUUGGAUGGAUGAAAGAUGGAAUUGAUUCCAUGGCAAUGCCUGAAGGUUCAACUCUGUAUGACCUGGUUGAUACAGGAAUCAAGCACACUCAUGCAGCUGUUGGAGUGGUAGUUCGUUUGAGGAAGGAGUUAUCUCUAGUGAAAGAUAUCCCUGUGCUGAUUGCGAUUGAUCAGUACAAUAACUGGUUUACGUUCAGUGAGUAUGAAGAGGCAGUAACUGUUCGUUCUACUCGACCAAUACAUGCCAAAGAACUUGCUACGGUGAAGGCUUUUAGAUCUAUGAUCCAUGAUGACAUGAUGGUGGGUGCCUUUUCUCAUUCAACAGCAGUAGGAAAACUUCGUCAAGACUUGCCAGAUGUGCCCUCUGAUGCUCGCAUUAACUUUCCUCGUUACACUUUAGAUGAAGCAGCAGCUGUUUGCCAUUACUACCUUAGACAGAGGCUUAUACACCGGGAAGCUUUCUCAGAGGAAAAUUGCAAGAGAAUAUACUACUUGUCCAAUGGAAACGGAGCAGAAAUGAGAUGGCUAGCUACUUUCAUGCGGGAGCAGUGACAGAUAAUUCCAUAUUUAAUCAGAACUUGCAUUUUUGAUCCAUAAUCAAGGCCGACCUUGGGACUAGGCGAAGUAGGCCCUCAACCCAAUCAGCCACAAAAUGUAAUAUAUCAGAAGGGAUACUGAAAAACAUUCAGCGGCAAAAAUCUAAAGAUAAAAAGGAUGCAUUGAACAAUGCUCUGUCAUAUCAUGAGUACAGCACACUAUAACAGGUCUUGAACAAUGGCGGCCGGCCCUAAAACUACGCUUCAGUGGAAUGGAACUUCCCUUGCCAUGGUAUGGUACUCCUAGGUUUGUACGGCUGUUGGUCUUCAUUUCACUCAAAGUCAUGGCCAAACAAAUCCAGCCACUACGCUUCAGUGGAAUGGAACUUACUUUGCCAUAGUAUGGUACUGCUAAGUUUGUAUGACUAGAUAUCAGUAAUGUACUAAUCUAUCUGCCAAUUAGGAAAUGCUAAAAUUUUGGUCCAUCUACAGAACGAUAUUGUAUUUUCUAAUGAUGGAUUAAUAAAUAUAGUACAUUAUACA